CAAUUGCCAAACUGUCGCUAUGGCUUCAACGACUUUGGCAGUGUCUAAUGGAACUAAUUCCGUUACUUCUGUUGCUUCGCACAGUAGUUCAGUUAAAAGUGAUGAGAUCGAUGGUUCUGAAAGUUAUAGAGAAAAAAGUGCAAGUUUCAGUUCCCGAAAUCAAGUUGACUCGUUAGAGGAAAUGAAUUAUAGUAGCGGAGACACUUUAGAUCAAAAUCGUUGUGGCAUUUGCUCUAACAAUUUAUCUUCGCCUCGUGUUCUUUUUUGUCUCCAUGUAUUUUGCGAAGCAUGUCUUGAUAAACUUGCUAAUUGUAAGGAUAUUGAUCUCAAAUCAAACUCAAUCAUCACUUGUCCAAUGUGUCAACAAGAAACACAGGUUAGCUCAAAAGGAGCAGCUUCCUUACCCUGUGACUAUGUACUGACUAAUAUUUUAGAUAUGUCUGCUAUUAAAAGCACAUAUGUACUUUGUACAUCGUGUAAGACUAUGGAAAACGCUGUAGCACGUUGUUCUGAUUGCGCUAACUUUCUGUGUCCUAAUUGUAAUACCGCGCAUCAGUUUAUGCGGUGUUUUGAAAGUCAUAAGGUUAUUACAUUUGAUGAUCUUCGAAAAUCAGAUGAAGCUAUACCGAUACACAAGCCAAUAUUUUGCGACGUUCAUUCAACAGAAACCAUGAAAUUUUAUUGCUACACGUGUCAAAUUCCAAUAUGUAACGAAUGCUUGCUUGUUGAACAUAAAGCACCAGAACAUCAUUAUGAAAGAUUAAAAGAUGCGGAACCCCGUCAAAAAGAAGAAUUAUUCAAUUUGGUAAAUGAAAGUAAAGGUAGAAUUGGAGAUUGUGAUCAAAUUUCUUCUCAACUGGGCAAUGCACUCAGUGAAUUACAAGCUCAACGUGAUCAAGCUAAAGAUUUAAUUCUUGAAACAUUUCAAAGUUAUAAGGCGAUUCUUGAAAAAUGUCGUGACAAUGCUCUAAAUGAUUUGGAAAAAAUUCAUUCUGAAAGAGAACUUGAGAUUAUGGAUUCGUUCCAUAGUGUUGAAAAGACUGUUGAAAAAAUCGAGUGUGCAUGUCAAUUUACCAAUCGUCUUCUAGAGCACGGGGAUGCAACGGAAAUUCUAUCCCUUCGUCGAAUUGUGACUAAUCAACUAUUGGAUUUAUUAAAAAAUAUGCCAAAGCCAAACAUCACAUUUUUAAUAGAAUUCCAAACAGACUAUAAUAAUUUUGAAAAAACUAUUGGAGAGGCUUUUGGAAAAGUUUAUGCUGAAAAUAUAUCAGACACAAAAUCUCCAACUAGUACUAUUAAUAGUUUACCUGGACUCGCAACUCAUCAAGUCAAUCAUACAUCUGUUGGAUGUUCAAGUUCAAUGAGUGCAAGUUCACCAAUUUCCCUUCCAGCAUCAAUGCAAUCUUCAUUUGAAGGUGACACAUCUUUCGCCAUUCCUCCAGCAUCAAGUCCUAAUAUUCCUCCUCCACCACCUGUCCCAGUUUCUAUUCCUACAGGUCCAAUGCAUGGUCUCACCAGUAUUCAAGAGUAUAAUCUUCAGCAAUUGGCAAGUCUUGCUGAAAAAGUUGAAAUCGCGGGUGAUGCGGGAGUAGUCGACCCAAGCUCCAACCCUAGCCCAACUCCGUCCUUUACUCUUGCCGAUCUCUUUGCAGGUGAUCUUAAUUCAACCAGUAAUGCUAUAAAUAAUUUACAAGCUUUAGCUAAACUUGGCAAUUCUUUAGGGAAUCAAGACUUAAAUCCUUCGACAAUGAAUGGAAACAAUCUGGUCUUGGGACGUGGAUCUUCGCCUGUUUUAGUUGACGCACCAAAUUUAGCUACUUUAACUGGUAAUACACUUUUAAAUGGUGGUUUUCAAUCGCUUUCUUCCUCCACUUCACCAAUAUUAUCACAAGGAGCAAAUGAUAUUAGCGGAGAUUCAAUGCAUAAUAUGUCUAUAGUAAUGGGUAAUACUGCUGGCAACGUAACUAAUUCGACGACAACUAAUUUUAAUAAUCACUCUCGAUCUACUAAUCCAAAACUAACGCCAAUGCAAAUUCGUUGUAAAUUCGGUCAAUUAGGUCCUAGUAAGAGCCAAUUUAAUUCUCCACAUGGUUUUUGCUUAGGUAUCGAUGAAGAUAUUAUUGUGGCAGACACAAACAACCAUCGUAUUCAGAUAUUUGAGAAAACUGGUAUUUUUAAGUCGCAAUUUGGAAUUCCUGGAAAAGAGGAAGGACAAUUAUGGUAUCCACGAAAAGUAGCGGUUAUGAAAAAUAGUGGAAAAUAUGUGGUAUGCGAUAGAGGCAAUGAAAGAUCAAGAAUGCAAAUAUUUACAAAAAAUGGUCAUUUUAUAAAGAAAAUCGCGAUUCGCUACAUUGAUAUCGUAGCUGGUUUAGCCGUUACUGGACAUGGAUAUAUUGUCGCUGUUGACAGUGUAUCUCCAACUGUAUUUGUAAUAAAUGAUACAGGCGAUCUUCUUAGAUGGUUCGAUUGUAGUGAUUAUAUGAGAGAACCUAGCGAUAUUGCUAUCAGUGGAAAAGAAUACUUUGUGUGUGACUUUAAAGGUCAUUGUGUUGUAGUAUUUAAUGAAGAUGGUCAAUUCCUACGUCGCAUUGGCUGUGAAAAUAUAACAAAUUUCCCUAACGGGAUUGACAUUAGCGAUGCAGGAGAUGUUUUAAUUGGAGAUUCCCAUGGAAAUAGAUUUCAUGUGGCAGUGUUUUCAAGAGAUGGCUCUUUGAUUUCUGAAUUCGAAUGUCCCUAUGUUAAAGUAUCACGAUGUUGUGGGCUUAAAAUAACUUCGGAAGGAUAUAUAGUGACGCUUGCGAAAAAUAAUCAUCAUGUUCUUGUGCUGAAUACCCUAUACAUAGUCUGAGGUGAGAAUAGAAAUUACAUUGUUUCGCAUUCGCGUUGCGUAAACAAUAAUCUUUUCAGAAUCAGAUUGUUUUCAACGAAUAAUAGGAGAAAAUGCCCUAAAAAUAAUAUACCUCUUAACAUCUGGGCCUAUUGAAGCAAUAGUGAAAAUUAAUUCGGCAUUCAGCUUUACUAGUUAUAUGAGUAUUAUGAGUGUUCUUGAGUUAUGAAAGUUACAAAGAAAAACAGUGAAGUAAGAAAAUGAAUGAACUUAACACGAUUGACCAAACAUAGUCUCUUAAAAUAAGAAAAAACGGUAUGCAGCUUUCAUUUAGCUAUCUACCAUUUUAUCCAAUUUUAAAAAAUUUAUUCAGGAUAAAAUACUAUUUUCGCAAUAGAAUUGCUCAUUAUUAAGUAAUUAUAUAUCGAGCAUCUAGCUCUUUGAGCAGUUUUUUUACGCAUUACACAUGAUGCGUCAGUAUUUUAAGAAUGUUCGUAAAUCAAAUUUUAUCUAGUCUUGGACCAGCAGCUUUGCUUUCGCAUUGACUUUUUAUCCCACAUACGGUUCAUUAACGCUGCCAUUUCAAUAUCCAAAGUAUAUUUAUAAAAAUAAAAAAUGCAAUCUGAAUAAGAUUGGAGAGAGAAACAGCAAACAACUUUCAUAGCAGAUAUGUCUUCUUAAUUAACACAUACGAUAUUGACGAAUACGUU